AUGUCCAGUGUCGGGUACAAAAGGGUCCUCGAAGACGUGAUCACCCUGACCGAUAUAAAGACACCUUCAGAGUUCGAGUCGACAUCUCCCACGAGGGCAGACGACAGUCAGAGCGGUCGGCACGUGGACUUCUAUUUCGAAUUGCCUACUAGUACGUCGGCCAGCGACGGCACGUAUCGUCCGCUCCCCUUGUCCGGGACAUUCAAGGGCGCCGUCGACUUGAACCAGAAUCAUCCCCUGAACCAAAGUUGUUCCAUCCCAGGUGAAUGUGAGGUUUCCUACUGGAUCGAGGCCAAGUUUCGCCGCGCCGGGACGCAGGUUGGGUUUCUGCAUCAACACAUUCAGAUCCGAUCGCUCUAUCCGCGGCUACGAGCGUCGCUGACGAGAGCCACCCCCUUGACCAUCCGCGCCAAACCCGACCUGUUCACCCGAUGUCGGUUCCAGAAAUGUCCCGAUCUCUCGCUCACUCUAUCCGACUCGGCAAUAGUAGUGGAACGCGACCAUGCUACGGGAAAGCGAUGCGUUACGCUGCCCCUGGCUGUGGCCAUGAACGCAUCGCACGCUUUUCCUGUGCAUUCCCGCCAAUCCAUGACUUGCGCCGUGGAAGUGAAGUGGCUGGUGACCACACGCUUCUCGACCCGAGCCAGUUGCAAAUUCUCCAGCAGAAUACCGCCCAACGAGAUUGUGCGCAAGACCUCGACGGCAUCGACCCAGAAAUCAACCAUAUUGUUCCGUCCGUUGCCGCAAUACGACAACAGCGAGGUCAAAUCGAUCAAACACAGGCCCACGACCCCAUUCAUCGCAACAUCACAACUCGAAUUGUCCGUCCCAGAUGCUGUCUCCCAGCCCUCGCUCGACUGGAUGUAUCUGUCAAGGACAUACACGCUGCAGUUGUCUCUGCAGUUUCGUGGCGUGCAGGGCGCGCCCAACUACAGCGUCAACGUCAGCCUACCAUUGGCGGUUUCUUCCUUUGGUUCCAAAGCAGAUGAUGCACUCCUCGGUGAAGCAUUCCUUGACUAUUCAGAGUCUGCCUCGGAGACUGACGAGGAAGACGCCCUCUUUGAGCUGCUCGGUCCGUUAGGGCAAACACCCUUGCAGGCACGACCCCAGCGCGCCUCAGCGAGGACCCCACCGCCGCCGUACUUUCGAUGA